AUGGCCUCCUCAGCACUAGGCCUUGUACAGGUAAGCGAGCCAGACAAAAAUUUCCUCUUUGAAGAAGCGAUCAAGGAUUCAGGGCAUUGUAUCAAAAGAUCUCAGCGUGCGCUUGCUCAAUUGAAUUCAUUUCAACCCUUGCUCUCCCGCGAUUUCGCUAUCAGGGAGUUUGGAGGAGCCAAAGCCCCCUUCCGUCUACUUUUUGAUCUUCCUGUGCUCAAUCAACAUCCCUUUGGUAACACGACCAGAUCUUUCAUCGCAUUGAGUUACUGUUGGCAUGACGGCACAUGGGAGCCCCAUCAAGGCCUCGGUAGACACCAGAAACCCUGGCCAAUAGCCCCCUCGAUGCUUUCAGCACUUCGAGCGGAGCGUCUGUCUUUGGAGGAAGGAAUCUGGAUUGAUCAAUUAUGCAUUGACCAAGAAUGUGAAUCGGAAAAGCGACACGCUAUUGGGGAAAUGGAUUUAAUUUACAAAAGCGCCCGGGUGGUCGUGGCAGUCUUGGAAGAUAUCAUCGUUUCCUCAUCCGAGGAGGUAAUACUUCACGGUCUUCUGAAUGACAAAAGUCGAGACACACAAGAUCUGUUUGACGACCUCAACAAGCAUGCGAAGGAACAAGCAACUUUGGUGCUAUUUCGUAUUUUGUCGGCUAGAUGGUUCCGGAGGGCUUGGUGUUCCCAUGAGCUGCAAGUCAGCACGGCUUUGAUAUUCAUCCUACCGACACCCAAAGGCACAUAUAGAAUGACUACCCAAUCUCUGGAGGACUUUUACAGCGCUACAGUCGAUUUCAGGACCGAGUCAGGCUUGGAAGACAAAUACUAUAAUGUCGAAAGCUAUGAUUUCCUGACUCGAUCCUUCUAUGACGAAGCUGACCGAGGAGAAAAAUCACUCUUGUGUCAAUUCUCUGAUAAUAUGAAGCUCGGGAGUACAAUCGAAAGCGACAAAAUAAGCAUCUCGAUGAACAUAGUUGGUCUCCAGUUAAUCUAUUUCUGUCCAAGGAGGACUGAAGACCAGUGUAAGUGGAUUCUUGCUAUGCUUGCUUUGUCCUCUGGCGAAGCUCUUGCGCUAUGUGGGAUUGAAGAAGCUUUGACGAUCGAUAAUCCUCAUGCUCAAUACCCGGCAGAAUCUUGGCUUCGUUGGUACGAUGAGAUCGAGGAUCCGAUGAGCCCCUUUGGUGGUUCAAGACUUGAGCAGCCGUCGUACAUCGCCGCUAUCGAUGAGCGUUACAUAAAUCUUGAACUCUUCUGCAUUCAGAAAUUGAGUUUCCUGAUACCAACAGUCGACUCCUUGCAAAGGGCAGGAGGAUUUGUGAACGAAUUCCUCAGUCUAUGUAAGGUCAAGCAUGAAUUUUCUCUCAUGAGUGUGGACUCCAUUGCUGGUAAUGGCAUAGUCACUCAUGAGCCUUUGAUCCAAAUACUAUCGUGCUCGAUCGAGUGCGGCCGUCGUUGGAUGGUGAAGCAAAUGGCAUCCGUGAAGGAAGUGGCAGAGCAAAUGAGAACCAAGCUUAAGAAGCUGAAAUUUGAUCUCUGGCCAAUUGUUCAUAAAAUGCUGGAAUGCACAGCCAUAUACCAAUCGACAGAUCGAGAGGGAUCACUAGCGUCGAUCAAUCGCUGA